CACGACCCCGGAGCCUCGUCAGCGCCGCCUGCCUGGUCUCCCCCCACCCCCGGCGCGCCGUUCCGGGGCGUGUCCUCGACCACUUCGGCUUCUAUAUAGCGGCGGGCGCGCCCGAGCGGCCCAGAUGCGAACCCCGUGGUGUGGCAUUCAGGACGGGCCGCUGCCUGCUCGCUCCGCUUCCUGCUCCGAUUCCUGCUCGGCUCCCGCAGCCUCGCGCCGCACGCAGUCGCCCGGUCCCCCCGAGCCCCGGCUGGCUGAGCAGCGGACCCCCGCAGUGGGCACCAUGGCGCCGAUGCGACCCGCAGUCUUGGCCGCGACACUGACGGCUCUGGCGCUGCUCGGAGUGGCGCCCGCGGCGCGGGUGCGGGCGGCCUCGGUGGGCUCCGGCCCCGUGGUGCGCUGCGAGCCUUGCGACGCGCGCGCUUUGGCCCAGUGCGCGCCCCCGCCUCCCGCGCCCGAGUGCGCCGAGCUGGUGCGCGAGCCGGGCUGCGGCUGCUGCCUGACCUGCGCGCUGCUCGAGGGCCAGCCGUGCGGCAUCUACACCGAGCGCUGCGGAGCCGGCCUCCGCUGCCACCCGCAGCCCGGCGAGCCGCGCCCGCUGCAGGCGCUGCUGGACGGCCGCGGAGUCUGCACCAACGCCAGCGCCGCAGGCCGCCUGAGCGCCUACUUGCUACCCGCGCCAGGAAACGGCAGCGACUCGGAGGAGGACGUGGGCGCGGGGGCCGCGGGGAGCCCGGCGCUCCCCGGCCCGCACCGGGCCCCCGACCCCAAGCUGCACCCCGGCCACUCCAAGAUGGACGCCAUCAAGAAGGGGCAGGCCAAAGACAGCCAGCGCUACAAGGCCGCCCACGAGGCCCAGAGCACGGACGCCCAGAACUUCUCCUCCGAGUCCGAGCGGGAGAGCGAACACGGGCCCUGCCGCCGGGAGAUGGAGGACACGCUGAGCCAGCUGAAGUUCCUGAACUCGCUGAGCCCCCGGGGGGCACACAUCCCCAACUGCGACCGGAAGGGCUUCUACAAGAAGAAGCAGUGCCGCCCCUCCAAAGGCAGGAAGCGCGGCUUCUGCUGGUGCGUGGACAAGUAUGGGCAGCCCCUCCCGGGCUACAGCACCAAGGGCAAAGGGGACGUGCACUGUGACAGCUCGGAGAGCAAGUGACGCGGCCAGCUGGCAUGGAGCCCCCGAUGCGCCUCGUUGGCACAAAAGACUGCCCGGGACACAGUCAGCUGCUGGCCACAGCCUCGACUUAUGUUUCUGUUCAUGGCGAAUCAAAGUUUUUGUUUUUGUUUUUUAAUCCAAGUUUAGAGAGAGACGCCCGACCUGCCUGGGGCUCUACAUGGUGACCUUGCGCGGCCCCCCGCCCUGCAGCAGCCCAUGAAACCGUGUGGUCUUCCUCGUUGCUUCCUCUGAACCCGCUUGCACACACGCGUGCCUCUCGGCCAGGCCCCACGCCGCCUGGACCCCGUGUGGGCUGCCAUGGCCGGCCCCCGCCUCGCACCUUAGCGUCCCCGCUGCCACGGCCGCGCGCACCGCGCCCCUCGGGGACAGGAGCCCCCCACUCAGCGUCCUCACACGUCUGGGCGCGCCCACUUGGAGCAAAGCCCUGCGUCCCCCCGGUUCCCAGGGGGCCCGCCCUGCUUGGGGAAGAGUGGGGACGACGGGGCCGAGCCGUCCGAGUUGCUUAAAAAUGACCAAGGGCGUCCUCAGGACCUGGGGCACCUGGGGGGGUGGGUACGUCCAGCAGACCCCUGAGGACACGCCUUUGCUGGUGGCCCCACGGGGCCGGGCAUGGCAAGCUCCACCCUUCAUUUUCAGAGGUGCCCACUAGCAGCACGAGGCCUGAGAGGGUGACAGAAAAGGGUGUUUCCCACUCA